AUGUCCAAGGCGAAACCUGUAGCACUUGUGAUUGGUGCCUCGAGGGGAAUUGGAAGGCAGAUCGCCAUUGAUUUGGCAAGACGUGAAUAUUCUGUCGUCGUAGCCGCCAAGUCCACAUCUGAUGCCUACUCUUCCAAGACUGCCUUUCCACCAGGUCCUAAUUCGCCUCAGUCCACCAUCAGUACAGUAGAACGAGAAAUCAAGGAGGCCGGCGGCGAGGCGGCCGCUUUUGCAGUUGAUGUCCGGGACUUCGCCAGCUUACAAGAGUUGGUCGACAAGACCAUUAAGCGAUAUGGCCGCCUUGAUGUGCUCAUAUACAAUCCCGGGGCAAUAUGGUGGGCCUCAGUCGAAGACAGCCCCAUGAAGCGAUUCCAACUGAUGCAGCGCGUCAACCCGGAAGGGCUCUACGGCGCGGUACAGGCCUCCCUGCCUCACCUAAAGAAGAGCUCCGUAGGGGGCAGGAUCGUCAUCGUCAGCCCUCCCAUCUACAGCCGUUUCUUCAGGGGCAAGACGGCGUACGCCAUGGGCAAGGUGGGCAUGAGCGUGCUGACCAAGGGCCUCGCGAUGGACUUUGAGAGGCAGGGGCUGGUGAGGGACGGGGAGGGCGGCAUGGCCGUCACGAGCAUCUGGCCGGCCGUGUCGAUCGAGUCUGCCGCCACGGCGCAGUUCACGCGGGGCAACGCCGACGAGGAGAGGGACCUGCGCAGGCCCACCAUCUUCUCCGAUGCCAUACUGGCCAUGCUCGGGGCGCCGGCGCCCGUCGUGAAUGGGCAGCUCCUGCUUGACGAGGACUUCCUCAGGGCGCAUGCGGGCGUGUCUGACUUCUCCAAGUACUCGGUCGUGCCGGGAAGCACUCCGAGGAGGAUCAUGCCGAUGGAGUUGCCGGAUUUGACUGUCAAGGAGCAGGAUGACGAGGGGAAGAGGGUCGAUAGUGCCAAGUCAAGAAAGGCAAAGUUGUGA